AUGAAGUCGUUUUCUAGCUCCGUUAUCAACAAAACCGGCAAGAAGUUUGCGCCAAAGGCGCCUAUCCGCCGUGCGCCCGCAGCCGCGCCCGCCAGACGGCCAAGUGCCGUUCAACAAGCACAGGUACAGGCAGCGCAAGCCCAGAUCACUCAGCCAGACAAGCAAGAUGAGCCGGAUAAACGAGACAAUGUAGCUGGUUCUACGCCGGCUUCCGAACAUGUGGUGCCCGAAGCGCUAGCAGUCGAAAAUGCUCAAGUACAAAAGGUCGAUGCAGCUCCGAUUGAAGCACCUGUCACUUCAAGCCGUAAUGUCCAUAUCGGAAAGGUUGAUGCAGCUCCAACCGAACCGCCUGUCGCUUCAGGCUUUGAUAUCCCUAUCGCAAAGGUUGAUGCGCCCUUUGAGACACACGCUGCUACCCCGAUUGCAAUUCCGACUCCCAAGCCAACCACCACCUCAAUCCCCAAACCAGUGGCUCGCUCCAUUCCUCCCCCAAAGCGAAAAGCCUCUGUGCUAGAAACGACAUCUCAAGAACCAGCUGCACCACCUAUCCCACCUCCCACCCAGUCUAGUCAGCCUACUACAGCAUCUACCUCAACCAGUGUCACUCAGCACGGACCUACCCGCGAUGAGCCAGAAGCAGCUUUGAUAGAAUACGCAAGAGUGGAAGCAGCCCGAGCUGCAGAGAAUCUUGUGGACAAUCAGCCUUCUCUUGUGUCCGAACAACCUCAGCCUUUUUCCCAAGCCAAUGCGGCAACCCCCGAGAUUCGCCCCGCCAAACGGCGAAAGUCAUCGGUAACGACUAUCGCGAAGCCGGGUCGAAAGAAGUCAGUCUCUACAGUUGCCUCGGCGUCUUCCUCUCGCCGGGGCUCCCAGUCAGUUGUGCCUACCAUCGAAGAUCCAAGUGGAACACCCGGCGUCUCUGCAACUUCUUCGACACCCGAGCCGUCGCAAGCAAAGACCAAGAAGCGAAAAUAUUCUAAGGCUGGUACCUCCGAUCCUGAAGGCAGCGAGAAGCCAAAGCGCGCCCGCAAGAAGCGUGAGCCAACACCAGAAGGUGCCGAAACUGUCGAGAUAUUGCCCAAUGUCGUAAAGAUGUCGGAAUUAUGCAAGGAUUUGCGUACCGGAAAGAAAUCGAAGCGCGAGACUGAGUUGCGGAAGAUGGACCAGGCUGAAGAAGAGCGAAAGAAGACAGGAACUCCCGCCCCAGGGACUCCUGUCAAACAAAAUGAGCCUGAACAAGAUAAUGUUGAACGACCUUUAGAUUGGAAGCCUCAAUCCGGUCCAAUUAUGCGAAUUGUCAACGGCGAGAUCGUUUUGGAUAAUACAUCUUUGCAGGUCGAUCGUCACGCCGAUGCUGCCCGAGCCGCUGGCGAUCUUGAGGAUGUCGUGGAAAGUAACCUGACACGAAAGGUCAAUCAAGCAACCUAUGGAAAACGCUCGAAGACCGAGACUUGGGAUGAAGAGAUGACAGAUUUGUUCUACCGUGGCCUCCGCAUGUUCGGCACCGACUUCAUGGUGAUCAGCAAGAUGUUCCCUGGCCGGUCUCGCCGCCAGAUCAAGCUCAAGUUCAACAACGAAGAGCGUCGCGAUCCACAGCGGAUCAAGGAUACAUUGCUCGGACCGCGCGAGCACAUCGAUAUUGCAACAUACUCCGAAAUGACAAACACCACUUACGAUGACCCCAAGGUAGUCCAGCAAGAACUCGACGAUGAGAAGAAGCGGAUUGAAGAUCAGCAUGCUAAGGAGAAGCAGCUGCAAGAGGAGAUGCUAAAUAAUCCAACUGGCGAUACCAAAGAUGAAAAGAUCGAGAAAGUGCCUGCCAAAAGGUCGCGCAAGAAGCAGGCCCAGGACAUGGCCGGAGGAACCGAAGAGGUUCUUGGUUCGAUCGAUGAUUUUCCUAUGGCGUGA